AUGUCUGCAGAAGAAGCUAAAGCUGCCUCUCCAGAAGCCCCAAAGGAAGUUAUCCUAGGUGAAGAUGGCCAACCAUUGUCUAAGAAGGCCCUAAAGAAGUUGCAAAAGGAGCAAGAAAAGCAAAAGAGGAAGCAGGAACGUGCCGCUCAGCUAGAAGCCGAACAAAAAGAGCGUGAACAAGCCAAGGCUAACGAAGUUGACCACUCUGCUGAGAACUAUGGCCCAGCUCCAUUCGUCCAAUCCCAAUUCCGUACUGGUGAAAAGCGUGUUAAGUUCGAGGACCUAAGCAAAGAAGAUGCCGACAAGGAAGUUCUAUUCAGAGCUCGUGUCCACAACACCAGACAACAAGGUGCUACUCUAGCGUUCUUGACCCUAAGACAACAAAGCUCUUUGAUCCAAGCACUAGUCAAGGCUGACAAGGCCGGCGAAAAGAUCUCCAAGAACAUGGUUAAGUGGGCUGGUUCUUUGAACCUGGAAUCCAUUGUCCUUGUCCGUGGUAUUGUCAAGGUUGUUGACGAGCCAAUUAAGUCCGCUACUAUCCAGGACCUAGAAAUCCACGUCACUCAGAUCCACACUAUCAGUGAAACUCCAGAGACUCUUCCAAUCUUGAUUGAAGAUGCCUCCAGAUCUGAGGCCGAGGCCGAGGCUGCUGGUCUGCCAGUGGUCAACUUGGACACAAGAUUAGACAACCGUGUCAUUGACUUGAGAACCGUUACCAACCAAGCUAUUUUCAGAAUCCAACACGGUGUCUGUGCUUUGUUCAGAGAGUUCUUGGCCAACAAGAAGUUCGUUGAAGUCCACACUCCAAAGAUGUUGGGUGCUGCCAGUGAAGGUGGUGCCAACGUUUUCGAAGUCACUUACUUCAAGGGUAAGGCCUACCUAGCCCAAUCUCCACAAUUCAACAAGCAGCAACUGAUUGUUGCCGACUUCGAGAAAGUGUUCGAGAUCGGUCCUGUCUUCAGAGCCGAGAACUCCAACACCCACCGUCACAUGACUGAGUUCACUGGUUUGGAUAUGGAGAUGGCGUUCGAGGAGCACUACCACGAAGUGCUGGAUGUUCUGAGCGAGCUGUUUGUGUUCUUGUUCACUGAGCUGAAGAAGAGAUACGCCAAGGAGAUCGAGCUUGUCCGUAAGCAGUACCCAGUGGAGGAGUUCAAGUUGCCUAAGGACGGCAAGAUGGUGCGCAUCACAUACAAGGAAGGUAUCCAGAUGCUGAAGGAGGCCGGCAAGGACAUUGGCGACUUCGAGGACUUGAGUACCGAGAACGAGAAGUUCCUGGGUAAGCUGGUGCGCGAGAAGUACGACACCGACUUCUACAUCCUGGACAAGUUCCCACUGGAGAUCAGACCAUUCUACACAAUGCCAGACCCAGAGGACCCACGCUAUUCCAACUCCUACGACUUCUUCAUGAGGGGUGAGGAGAUCCUGUCUGGUGCGCAAAGAAUCCACGACCACAAGAUGCUGAUGGAGAGGAUGAAGGUUCACGGCUUGGACCCAGAGGACCCAGGUCUGAAGGACUACUGCGACGGUUUCAGCUACGGCUGUCCUCCACACGCCGGUGGUGGUAUCGGUCUAGAGAGAGUCGUGAUGUUCUUCUUGGACUUGAAGAACAUCAGAAGAGCCUCGUUGUUCCCAAGAGACCCUAAGAGAUUGAGACCAUAG